AUGCCAGUUCAGCCUCCCAACGACAUGAUCCCACCAGAGCUAAGGCGCAAGGGUCUCGUUCAGCGUUCGGAUCUUCGCAACGAGCGUAUGACCGAUGCCGAUGCACGCGAGGCCUUGUCCGAUUAUGUCGUAUACCGGUUCGAAAAGGUCAAUGACCCAAACGAGAUUGACGACGAAGGAAACCCCGUCAAAUCGACCUGGGAGAAUGUCAUCCGCACAGAGGUCCAAGACCUCUCCAAGCCGGCCAUAACUCGAACCAUUCGUGACCUUGACGCCGAGGGUAGGACGGCAAUGCAGAAGAAGCUGGACCUCACAGGGACACAGCAGCGUCAGAUCGAAAAGGCGCAAAACAACCUCGACGCACACAACCUCGACAGGCGGUUCAAUUACACUCUGCAGCAGAUCAGCACCAAGAUCAGGAAGCUCAGCAAGGAUUCUAUCGAGUACCGCCAGUACAUGGCCGGGAGAGAGUCCAAGAAGCCGCGCUUCGGCGAGGAUGCCAAGGCCAUCCUCAAAGAGAGGGAACGGGAGAUCGAGCAGCAACAACGCUUGCAGGAACAACAGCGACAGCACCAUCAUGCUCAGCAAUUGGUUGCACAGCAGCAUCUUCAUGAGUUGGCGAUCCGACGGCAACAUGAUGAAUUUCAGCGACAUCUUCCCCUACAGGGAGGGCCGCCCCGGCCUCCGUUUCCGUUGCCGAAACCUGUCAAAGAGAAAACCGAUGUCAAAGUCAUCAAGACAGAGAAGGGUAAAACCAAGGUUUAUAACCUCCCCUCGAGAAGUUCGGGAAGCUCUGGAAGCUCGCGCUCGGACGAUAGUUGGAGCGAGUCAGACCAGACGCCGAGUACAUCCGUCACUGGUUCCUCCGAUUCCAGCAGGCAUGGCCACCACCGCGGUCGUCAUCUAAGUCGUGUUCGCAGUCGAAGCCAUAGCCGUAGCCGUAGCCGCCGUCGAUACCACGACCGGCCUGAGCACUACAGCAUCAAAGUAACCCGCCACCAUACGAAGCAUGACCAUCACCUCCUCAAUGAUGAUGUCCUUCGAGGUCUCAUGCCUAAUUCACCUCCGCUGGCACCAUUGAUAAUGCCUGGCGGACCCGACCACUUUGAGCAUGAAGUAUUCCGGCCCCGACGGCUAGCAGAUACGGCCUAUGACAACGAGCUGGAAGACAUUGAGCUAUACAGUAGUCUCGGCCGCCGUCGUCAA